UAAAUUACUUUUUCUACCAUUAUUUUUACUACAAAAUGAAUUUAUAAGUUCAAUCGGUACUUAUGUAUACUCGAUGAUAAGAGAUAUUGAGUUUAAAUCUCUUACAUCACUUUCUAAAAAAAAUUGCUUAAUCUUAUUUUCUUUGUAGUGUAUAUUAUAUUAGAAAAAAAUGUAAAGAAAAAAGCCUAAUGGGUAGUUUAAGAAAAAGUAGUAAAAUAAUUGGAUGCCAUGAAUGGUGUGCGUUAGUAUAUGUGAGAGAGUUUUUUAGUGUUAGCUAGUGGGAUAUAAGUUUAUCCAACCAUUUCUUUUUUCUUCCUUUUCUUCCCUCUGUAAAGAGAGAGAGAAAAAAGGGGCUUUGCAUUUCUCAUGAACUGUGGAGUUGUGUUGGGUUUCUAUUGUUGGGGUUGGGUGUUCUUAACUGCCCUUCUUCUCUUCUCCUCCUAAAACUUCUAAAUUAAUUAUAUCAUUCAUAUAUACAUAUCUAUUUAUAUAUUCUUCAUUGCUUUUCUGUAUCUAUUGGUUAUUUUUCUUAUGGGAGAGGCAAUGGUAAGUCUGGGUAAUGUGUGUGAGGAGUCUAUUGCGGUCGUCAGUGAGCCGACUACGUCGCCGUUCUUGACCAAAACCUACAUGCUUGUUGAGGAUCCCAUGACAGACAACGUCAUAUCGUGGAACUCCGAUGGGACGACUUUCAUCGUAUGGCAGCCACCGGAGUUUGCUAUAGAUCUCCUACCCACCCUCUUCAAACACAACAACUUCUCUAGCUUUGUUCGCCAACUUAACACCUAUGGAUUUCGUAAGAUUGCGACAAGCAGAUGGGAAUUUUACAACGACAAGUUUAAAAAGGGAUGUAAAGAAAGACUAUGCGAAAUACGCAGAAGAAAAGCAUGGACCAACAAACGAAAACACAAUAGUAAUGCAAAAGCAAUCCAAGUCACACAUCAAGACAAUCACGAUGAAGAUCAAAGGUCGUUAUCGACUUCAUCAUCUGAUGAUCAAUAUACAAUGCUUGCUUACGAAAACAAGAAGUUGAAGAAGGAGAAUGGAGUGUUAAGCUUUGAACUAACAAACAUGAAGAAGAAAUGCAGAGAGCUUCUAGAUUUGGUGGCUAAGUACGAAUUCAUGGUCAUUAAUGGCAAUGAAAAGAAGGAAGACGAGAUAAUGUUGAAGCCAAACUUGAAACUCUUUGGAGUGCAGUUGGAGGUUGAGGAAGAAGAUGAAAUGGAAAUCAAACAAAACAAGAGGAAGAGAUCAAUUCAUCCAAAUAAACCUUUUCUGCUCUCACAAACAUGCAAAUGAAUCUGCUUCCAUCAAACUUUUUAGAUAAAAAGUAUUCUAUUACGACGUUUGCUUUUAGUUUUCCGUUUGAAUCCGCUCGUUUGUGUACUGUUCUAAACAGAGAGUUCUUUUUUACUUUGUUUCAAAAUUUAGUUACAAUUACUCAUUUAUUUCUGCUAGGAAUGUUUUAAAAGAUAUGAUGAACCAUUAAAUGAAGAAGACAACUUUUGAUCA